AUGGUGAGUGAAGUAGUAGAAAAGAAACUCUACGAUGCUGCAUCAAAAGGAGAUGUCGCAAUACUCGUACGACUAGUCGAAGAAGAUCCAUAUCUUGUUCAUGGAGUCUCGUUUCCAUUUUCAAGAAAUCUUCUACACGUUGCAGCAAUGCAUGGACAAGCAUCCAUUGUUGAAGAGGUGGUCAAGUAUAAUCCGAGGCUAGCACGGAUUUCAGACUCCCAAAAGUCAUCACCUCUUCACAUUGCAGUAGAGGAAGGGCACCUUGAGAUCUGCCAAAAGUUGUUAUCAGUAGCCCCAGAGGCUUGCUGGUGGCGAGACUGUCAUGAUAUGAAUCCGCUUCAUAUUGCUGCGAUAAAAGGGCACGUUGAGAUCAUGGAGCAUCUCCUUGAAGAGAGUCAUUUGCUUGCUAUGGAGGGGUUGCCUCGCAAAGAGACUGUGUUGCACUUGUGCGUGAAACACGGUCAACUUGGGGCGUUGAAGGUGUUGAUAGAUAGGCUGGGAGCUGAGCUUGUGGAUGCAGAUGAUGAGAAUGGAGAGACAAUAUUGCAUAUGGCUGUCAGGUCCAAUCAACUUGAGACUAUACAAUACCUUGUGGACAACAAGAAAAUAAAGAGGCGAACACGUAAUAUCAGAGGCCAUACACCACUGCAAGUCUUAAAUGAGAGCCCUCGCUACACAGCUACUAGGUAUUCGGAAGUUAGAAAAUUAUUAUUAAAACUGUUACGACCAUCACUUGACAAAAUAUUGCCCAAGUGGACCAACACGAUGAUGGUGGUGGUGAUCCUGAUAGCAACGAUGGCAUUCCAGAACUCCAUCAACCCACCUGGUGGCAUUUGGCAGGAAGAUACGUCAUCACACAAGGCCGGUGAUGCUGUGAUAGCACAUACUCAUCCACAUAUAUACAGAUAUUUGGUGCAUGCUAACACCGUAGCAUUCAUUUCAUCCUUCCUCGCAAUCUUACUCAUCACCACUGAAGCGCCAUCCGUAAACAUUUGCUUCUGGAGGAUGGCCGUGUAUGCUAUGGCGGUGUCGAUGAUGGCUAUCACAUUGAGUUACGCAGCAUCCACAAUGGUGACCGCUCCCAACAUAAAAAAUAAACCAAUUCACCUUAUCACCAUCAUAUUCAUCCUUGCGUGCCUUGUCGCCUUUGUACUCAUGUUUCUCUUUUUGCAUCUGCUAAGUCAUUACUUCAACUGGAAGGCAAAAAUACGGAGUCAGGAAGAUCUUACAACGGAUCCUCUAUACAAACGGAUCCUGUAUUGGAUUUACCAACAUUUCGAGACCCGAGAUGUUUGAGAUUCAAUCGUUGAACAUUUCUAAAUAUAGCAUUCCACAUGACGUGUGUGUCCAUGUUUUGUUCA